AUGAAGUCCAAGAACAUGGUUCUAGCUUUUGGUGGAGUCAUCGCCGCCGCCGCAGCUUGGACAAUAUGGGGAGGUGACAUGUUCCCACGGGAGCCGGAUCCAAAAGGAGACCCGGAGACCUGGACACGAGAGGAGAUGAGACGGUGGCUGGCAGCACGUAACCUAUUCCCGCACAAGGACGACACAAGAGAGGAGCUUCUGGCACGAGUUUUGGCCAACAUGAGGGCACCGAGGAGGUAA